AGAAAAAAAUAUGUGAAACAUGGCUACUGUACAGUCUGAAUCCGAACAACAAUUAGAUAAUAAACUCAGUAACGGUACACCCACGGGAGAUAAACAAGACUUCCAGCCUGCACAUGCAGCAAUUGUUGAUUGUAACGCGGAGGUUUGUGCACGAGGCGGUGACGCUAAGGCAACGACAGACUCCGACGUUCCGUCUUUACCAGCAAGUGAAAAUUCAUCUCCACAUGGCCCUGCUCUUCCAUCGCGUAACAAAGAUGCAUCAGGAAUGCCAUGUUAUUCGACGACUCCAACGAUGGGCGAGCAAAAAAGGGAUGUGUACUUUCAGAAUAAUUGCAGGGGAAGCGUUUCUACCGAGUCUGGAGAGGAUUUCGGUACGGCAUCGGAUAAUUUGCACAAUGAAAACAAAGGUCUAGAAAUCGAUAAUGAGGAAACAGUGGAAAACUUUGGCUCAGAUUCAAAGCUUGUCAUGGAGGAAGAACACCACCUGAAAAAAGAUGAAGAGGAGUUGACAAGGGAAGCUAAAGAAAUGGAGUUUUCCGUCAAUUCAAUUCAAGGUACAAAAGGGGGGAUAGAGGAAACGGGAGAUCCCAAAAGCAUGGAAAAGUUUAAGCACAACACAGAAGAGAGUAGAGAAGAAGAAGAAGAAGAAAUUGAGUCUUCUACUGAGGCAAUACAAAGCAUGGAAAGGGAAAAAGAGAAAACGGGAGAUCCCAGCAGGUUGGAAAAAGUUCAACUCAACACAGAAGAGAGAAGAGGAGCAAAAGAAAUGGAGCCCUCAAUCGAGGCAAUGCAAGGCAUAGAAGAGAAGAUAGAGGAAACAGGAGAUCCCAACAGCAUGGAAAAAGUUAAGCACAACAUAGAAGAGAGCGGAGGAACAUUAGAAAUGGAGCCUUCUACCAAGGCAAUGCAAGACAUGGAAGGGGAGAUAGAGAAAACAGGAGAUCCCAACAGCAUGGAAAAGGUAAAACCCAACACAAAAGAGAGGAGAGGUUCUAAUGAAAUGGAAGCUUCUACCAAGGCAAUGCACGGCAUGGAUUGGGAGAUAGAGAAAACAGGAGAUCCCAACAGCAUGGAAAAGGUUAAACCCAACACAGAAGAGAGGGGAGAAGAAGAAAAAUCUAAGAGUGGUGGUACAAGAUUAGUUGUCAAGCAAAGGAAAAGCAGCCUGGAAUGUAACGAAUGUGGGAAAAAGUUCACUCGUCGGGAAACAUUCAACCUGCAUAGACACUUUCACAUGCACCAGGACGAGCAGGCUUCCCUCACUUGUAAGGAAUGUGGCAUCACUUUUCAGCAUCGAAGUGACCUCAUCAAACACCGCAGUACACACAAAGAAGAAAGCCAAACUAGAUUUGUAUCAAAAAUGUCACGUUCAAAAUUACUCUCUAAGAGGAUGUCAAACUACAAAAUAUACAAGAAACAGAGGAAGUUUCAGUGUGAGCACUGCGGUAUGCGGUUCUGUACAAUGGUAAGAUUAAGGCUUCAUGCUUGUGAACAGUAUGUAGAGAAGCCUUUUCGCUGCCCUCUGUGUCGCAAAGAAUUCCAGUACAGGGUGUCCAUAAAUGCCCACAUGCUGAGUCACUCAUUAGACAGUCCAUAUCGAUGCCUGGAAUGCAACAAAGGCUUUCAGAGUGUGGCCACCCUCCAUAUCCACCAACGAUCCCAUGCUGCUCUGAAGCCUUAUGAGUGUCCAGAUUGUAAUCUGGUCUUCAGGCAUCGCUUCAUCAUGGAGGACCAUCGCCGCAGGCACACAGAAGAAAAGCCACAUCAGUGCAAAAUCUGUGUAAAGAGCUUCAAAUAUAGCAGUGUUUUGCAACAGCACCAGUAUCUUCACACUGGCCGAAAGCCUUACCACUGCUCAUACUGUGGAAGAAAGUUUGCUUUUGCGCAAAACAUGCGAGCACAUUGUCGCCAACACAAGAAGAUCUCUCACUCAGCUAGGUCUGAGGCACUUAUUACGAACCAUAAUGUAACUCGUGGCAGAGAUGUGGGAGGACUGGGUAAAGAGAACACAAACCAUAAUAUUGAGCAGCAGCGCAACUGUCCUCUUUGCCCUCUAAUGUUUAAUAAAGCAGCUGAGCUAAGAGCACACAUGUUAAUCCAUGAAGCAGAGUAUGAAAGGAUGAGCAAUGGCCGAAGAUUUGAUAAGGUUUAUGCUUGCCGAUAUUGUCCUCUCAAAUUCCCAAUGGAAUCCAGCCUUCAGUCCCAUUUACAAACACAUGUGACAAACACAUUGGGUGUAAACAUAUCACAUAUCUCAAAUCAGGGUAAAGUGGUACCUGAAAAGAGGAAUAGGGAUGAGGCAGAUAUUGACAGUGUGUCAGGAGUUGGGGGAUUGGGAGAACAGACAGAGAAGAAACCUUUUAGGUGUAGAGACUGCGGAAAAUGUUUUCGUUACAGAUCAGUGUUAGAGCUUCACAUGCGCAUACAUGGCAAGGGUUACCAGUGUCAAGUGUGUAAAAAGUCCUUCAGAUUUAGUAGCUAUUUGCAGCAGCACUCCAUUAUUCACACAGGGAAGAAGCCAUACAAAUGCCCGGACUGUGGUAAGGAUUUUGCAUUUCUUCAUAACAUGAAAACACACCAGAGACUGCAUCAACAGAAGCCAUUCCGCUGCACACAGUGCCGCAAGGGCUACAGUGAUGAAAGUCAGCUUCAACGGCAUAUGCUUUCCCAUACAGGUGAAAAACCUUACAAAUGCCAUCUUUGCGACAAGAGCUUUUCUUUAGCCUACUUGCUCCGUGACCAUCUUAAUACUCAUACAGGUGAGAGACCCCACCAUUGCCAGGAGUGCAAUAAGUCAUUUCCUUGGCUUAGCAGUCUCCUUGUACAUCAAAAGAUACAUAUGCGCAAGCGGCAAGGACAGAGUCAUAGUUAUCCUAUUUCUGUACAUUCUCAAAGAGGUAGAGUAAAUGCAAGUGGUGUCAAGAGAGGUAGGGGUAGGCCAAGAUUAGACAGAGACAAUGGGAGGGCAGUGCCUCUAGGACAAGACCCUCUACCUGGUCAGAUGCCAAAUGUGGUUCCACAACAGUCACACAGCUUCAAUGAAGGAAGACAUGAACGCAUGCAGCAGAGAUCACAGCACUUCCAGGCACAAAAUCAUUCCCGGCCAGUACAGUUCCAGCAAGAUUGGCAAUUACAAAUUGCGCCCCCAUCAGAAGAGCUGCUGCACUCUCAGAGGCCUAAUAGUUUAUUAGAAGCCCAGCCAACUGAUGUGCAGAUGCAGUGGCCAGGUCUUCCAAACCUCAUGCACCAGCAGCAAACUUCGCGAGCAAAUGUGCCAGUGUCAGCACAAACUAGCCUAGCUGUUAAUCAUUAUCCAGAGAUCAAAAUAUCUGGAAAUGAUCUAGAGCAAAAAGGAAAGCAUCCUUCUCUCUGGGUGAAUACAUCAAACUCUCCAGAGUCACCACACCACAUGGACAGGCCUUUAUCACCAGAUGUGACAGCACAGUCACCAAGAUCCAGGAGUCAGAGUUCACCACACCAGCUGCUUAAUGUUCAAGACCCAAAGCAGUCACAAUGGUCAGUACUUUGUGAUUCAGUACAAACUAAACCAGAGGAUGACAAAGUAACCAUUGACUUGGAAGCACGAAUCAGCAGUGAAUCUAAUAAACUUCCUCGUGUUAGAAAGGAUGAUUUGCAAAUCCAGAAGUCCCCAGGUCUGGCUAAAAUGGCAAUUUUGGGUCAUACUGAUGGUAUGGUGCAAUCCACUGGUGCUUCCUCUUUACAGAACGCUAAUCCAUGGGGUCUGCAAACACCUUUAGAAAUCUCUACAACAGCGAGCUUGCAAGAAAUACCUGGGGAUUCAUUGGAGAAGCCACAACACAGAAUAAUCCACCAUUUGCCACAACAAAUACAGAUUCCCCAUCAGCUAUCACAGCAAAUGCAGGUACCGCAGCAGUUACCACAGCAAAUGCAUGUUCCACAGCAGCCAUCGCAGCAGAUGCAGGUACCGCAGCAGUUACCACAGCAAAUGCACGUUCCACAGCAGCCAUCACACCAAAUGCAGCUACAACAACAGCUUCAUCAGCCACAGCUCCAGCAACAGACUCAAAUACCUCCUGCCUGGGUUAGUGCAACUCCUUCAAACCAGUUGGGACCAAUGAACAUGCCAUAUCCAUCAGCUUGUUUUCCUCUUGGGGAAAGACCUCCUAUGUGGGGGUUUCAAACUACUCCAGUUGUUUCCCAAGCCCUCUUAAAUGGACCAGUUCAACAAGGCCAUAUUCCGGCACAACAGCACGUAGCCUUAAUGUCUGGCCGACAGAUUCCUCUAAAUCAGCCUACAACUUUUAUCUCACCGCCUUUUCCUCCACCUCCCCCAACACUUAAUUUACCUGCUCCUCAUCCAAUACAUUCUGUCGGAAGGCAGCUUUCAGGUCCAUUACCACAAAGCAUCUUCUUUACCUCACAGGGCACCAUAAAUGAGAUGCAACUCAUGCCACAAGUGACAAACUUACCUCAGUUAGCCCAACAAACUGAGCCACACAAAAUUGGCAAUAAAAUGCCUUUUGCCCCUGAUCACCUAUUCCAGUGCAUGAUCUGUGGUUGUUCUUUACCUGGAGAGCUAGAAUUACAGAUGCACUAUAUGCAACAUGCACAGCGAGAUGUCUGAGUUUGAUUUUAAAAAUGAUAUACAUACAACAGUAGAUGAUUUUAGACUGUAUCUUUGCUGUUUUACUGUAUAUUGCUGUUAAACUGCUGGAGUGUCUGUUUAAGAUUUUAAAACGUAUUAAUGUUUUUAUUCAGUUAUUAAA